AUGGCUCAUCAAUUCAAUUUUGAUUUGUCGGACGAAGUUGAAGACCAUUACGAUGAUUUGUCGGAGCAAGAUUUUGAUCAAAAUAUUGGGGAUGAUUAUGGAUACGAUGAUGAGUUUGUUGGUGGGAGUUAUGGUCAAGAGCCUUCUCAUCUUCUUGAAAAUAUUGAAAAACAACAAACUCCCAAUACCUCAGCCAAGAAACAAGAAGGAAUGCUCGGAAGUCACAAUGCUGUUAUUGGGAGUGUUGGUGUUGGUGCUCAUACACCAAAUUUCCAAAAAAUUAGCACCAGCUUCAGAAAGUCCGUUAGUCAGAACAACGGCUCUCUUGAAGACGACAAGCCUCGUAUUUUGUUGAUGGGUCUUAGAAGGAGUGGUAAGAGUUCCAUUCAGAAAGUCGUAUUUCAGAAAAUGUCUCCACACGAAACACUUUUCUUAGAGUCAACUAACAAAAUUGUGAAGAACGAUAUUUCAAACAACACCUUUGUUCAAUUCCAAAUUUGGGAUUUUCCAGGUCAGAUAGACCUAUUUGGGGACACUCAGAAUUUUGAAUGUGAAUUAAUUUUCACCGGAUGUGGAGCCAUUGUAUAUGUCAUUGAUGCCCAAGAUAAUUAUUUGGACAGUAUAACAAAGUUAGCUGAAACAAUUCAACAAGCCAGCAAGGUCAACGAUCAAAUUGCAUUUGAAAUAUUCAUUCACAAAAUGGAUGGAAUCAGUGACGAUCACAAAAUUCAAAUUCAACAGGACAUUCAACAAAGGUUGUCAGAUGAAUUGAAUGAUUCAGAUAUUAAAGUAUCUCCAAACGUUAAGACCAGAUUUCACAUGACAAGCAUUUAUGACCAUUCAAUAUUUGAGGCCUUUAGUAAGGUUAUUCAAAAGUUAAUUCCUCAAUUACCAACAUUAGAGAAUUUAUUAGACCUGCUUGUGACAAACUCACGGUUGGAAAAGGCUUUUCUUUUUGAUGUGGUUUCUAAAAUCUAUAUUGCUACUGAUGCUACACCUGUUGACAAUACUACAUACGAACUGUGUAGCGAUAUGAUAGAUGUUGUGAUCGACAUAAGUUGCAUCUAUGGAAACAGAGUGAAUGGAGGAGAAGGAACAACUGGCGCCUAUGAUGAAGAAACUGGUGCUGUGAUCAAAUUGAACAACGGAAGUGUUCUUUAUUUGAGAGAAGUUAACAAAUAUCUUGCAUUGGUUUGUUUGCUUACAAAAGAUAGCUAUGAGAAAGUUGGUCUCAUCAAUUACAACUUUGACAUCUUUAAGCAAGCCAUCGAAAACGUGUUUCAAGUACGCUCUACUUUGCAAAAGAAAAAACGUGAUUUCAAAAAGAAAAAAGAUCUGGCGAAUAAAUAG